CGCAAAUACCAGAAGAUGACUACCGUAUUAUUUGUUCCUGGGGCUUGGCUCGCUAGGGCAUUUUACGAGCCAUUCCUCCAAGGUCUCGUGUUUGCCGGCUACGACGUUCGCUAUGCGAGUUACCCCUCGUUGGACCCCGCAGACCCGUGUACAACCGAUUGUCACGCCGACGCCAAGGCGAUCGCUGCCGUCCUCCAUCCGCUCUUUGAACUAGAGGGAAAAGAUGUUCUGCUCUUCCUACACUCGUAUGCUGGCAUGCCUGGAGCUGCAGCGGCUACAGGGCUGGCCAAGUCACAGCGUGCACGGGAGGGCAAAGUCGGCGGUGUCAUCGAAUUACUAUUUCUGGGAGCCUUCGUCGUGCCCGAAGGCCUCAGCUGUGCCGGUCGCCAGGGUGGAGGUUUACCCCCCUGGAUCCUAUUGGAUCAAGAGAACUCUUUGCAUCAAUUUGGUACGAAGAGAAAUAAGCCGAUUGACACGGACACGUUGCAGCCUGCGGCAAAUCUCAAUAUCGCGGACGACCCAAUUGAUAACUUCGCUGCCGAUGUCGAUUUUGCCCUGGCUCGAUCCUUGAUCGCCUAUCUCAAACCACAUGCAACAUUAUCGUUUACAUCGCCCCAGCCGCAUCCAGCAUGGGCAGACGAGGCCUUCCGUGGGCUCUUGGCGUUCAUUAUCACCACGCGAGAUCGUGCCGUGCCAAAGGAGGCCCAAUUCGGGAUGAUAGCUGCCACCAAGCAGCCGUGGAUCGUCAAAGAAAUCCCAUCUAGUCAUUGCGGGCUAUUCCUGAAUCGUAUCCAAGAGACGGUUGCGUUGACCCGAGAAGUGAUUGAAAGAUUCUUGUAAAGGUGUCUCGGGACUUUGAGCAUGCAAUAAAAACGUGCUUGAUUUUCAAUUGUCGUUUUGCAGCGCGGCAACCGAUGCCACGACCUUGUAACCUUCAUUGGACUGUCAACAUUUGGUACCCAAUUCUCAACACCUUUUGAGUAGUACCUCUGUCACGUCAUUACAACUUCUGCACACAAUAAAGACCAAAUUAUUGGACCAGGCGUGGACUUGAUGUAAAUGCUAGCCCCAAUAUCUCCG